AUGACGCGAAGCGACAAGGGAAAGGAAGCCAUAAAGGACCAGCAUCUCGCUCUCUCUACUAGACCAAAGCGGAAGCUCUCAUCAAUACCCGCUGCGCCAGCCAGCAAGAAACAAGCUACCCUCUCAUCCACUGCACAGAUCUCUAAACAGCCACCUGCAUCAUCACUCGCCUCUGCCCUGACAUCCGAAGACCCUGAGUUCCUGCGCAAACAGCUGGACCGCAUCUCAUCCCACCCGUCACUCACCCCUUACAGACGAGGAGUGUACCGUACCCUCCUCCCCGUGCCCAAUGGCCAGUGGACGACCUACGCAAUCCUGUCAGCCCAUCUCUCUUCGUCUGCCCGGGCUGUGGGUAACGCUAUGAAGACUAACCCGUUUGCUCCGGAGGUGUCCUGUCAUCGUGUGCUGGCCUCUGACCGCACGAUCGGCGGGUACAAGGGCAGCUGGGGCAACGGGGGAUUCUACACGGUGGAGAAGACGAAGCUGCUGCGCGGCGAGGGGGUGAGCUUUAAUGGAAAGGGGCGGGCAGGCGAGGAGAUCUUCAGCCAGUUCUUGGAUAUGGGUGAGGUCUUGGGUAAUAAGCCAUUAUAA